AUGGUCAGCAACACGACAGACCCCUCGGACUACUGUACGCUGGAUACUUGUCCCUUGAGUCUCGCCAAUUUCAACUAUGUUCCCAACCUGGCAGGUAACCUUCUGUACCUGGCGCUUUUCGGUACGAUGUUGGUGGCCAAUCUGGGACUCGGGAUCUAUUACCGUACUUGGGGAUAUCUAGUUGGUAUGAUCGGUGGCCUCGCUCUUGAAGUCAUCGGUUAUGUCGGAAGAAUCCAGCUUCACUACAACCCAUUUCCGUUCAGUCCAUUCCUUCAAUAUCUAAUCUGCCUCACCCUUGGACCUGCCUUCUUGAGUGCGGCAAUCUAUAUCUGCCUCGGCCAUAUCGUCGUUGUCUACGGCGAGGGCAUCUCCCGUCUGAAGCCAAGAACCUACACCAUUAUCUUCGUUCUUUGCGACUUUCUCUCUCUUGUGCUCCAGGCUGCCGGAGGAGCCAUCACCUCGAUCGCGGAUAAUGAUCAGCAAGACCUACGUCAGACGGGGAUCAACAUCAUGAUAGCGGGGCUUGCCAGCCAAGUGGCAUCUCUGGCGGUCUUCCUCUUUCUCUGCGCCGAUUUCGCCUGGCGCGUGUACAAGAACCCGAACAAACUAAACGAAUCGAUGGAUCAUGUUCGCAAGACGCUCAAGUGGAAGGCGUUCUUGAUCGGUAGGUUUCUCUUUCCCGGUAUUUCACCCCGCUACAUAUAUCUAACGGCUAAAGGGCUCACCGUCGCGACAUUAGCGAUAUUUGUCCGGUCCGUCUUCCGGGUGGCCGAACUGCAAGAGGGUUUCGACGGUCCCUUGGCAAAUGACGAAGUGACCUUCAUGAUCCUCGAGGGGGCCAUGAUGGCCAUGGCUACCCUUUGUUUGACUGUCUUGCACCCAGGAUACUGCUUUGGUGGCUACUGGGAUCAGACCAGCUGGAGGUCCAUCAAGCAAUCCAGUCAAUUGAGCUUGAUGGAACUCAAGGCACAGAACUCACGGGCCUGA